GUCCUCUGUAUUCCCAGGACUGUCCAGAGGAGAAGGUCCCAGAGAACCCUCAGAUGACAAAUCAGGGGGAAGAUCUGACAUAUAUUAAAGUGGAGGUUGAAGAAGAGAGGAUGAUGGACGAUCCCCCGUGUAAGAGUGAGGUGGAGGAGGACAUUUCCGGAGAUGUCACCACAGAAAAUCCUGAGGAAAACUUCACGUUAUCACUGAAUUAUAAAGUGGAAGAUGAAGCUAUCAUACAGCACUCUUCUGGAGAAAAUAUUAUUACCCUUAAUGUACAUCCAGGACUUCACAGUACAGAUCUGUCAUAUAAUCCUCCUAAACAUGGGGAAACUUCUCCUGACCAAUCACAGAUUGUUACUGCAAAUACAGGUCAGAUAUGGGGUAAAAGAUUUCACUAUGUUAAAGAGUUCACAAAGAGAUCAAUUCUUUCUACAAACAGAAGAAUUCGCACAGUGAAGAAGGCAUACUCUUGUUCAGUAUGUGGGAAGUGCUUUACAUGUAAAUCACAUCUCGUCAUACAUGAGAGGAUCCACACAGGGGAGAAACCAUAUCCAUGUCCAGAAUGUGGGAAAUGUUUUAAAAAAAAACAAGAUCUCGUUACACAUGAGAGAAGGCACACAGGCGAGAAGCCGUAUUCAUGUUCAGAAUGUGGGAAAUGUUAUACACAAAUGUCAAGUCUCAUUAUACAUGAGAGAAGUCACACAGGAGAGAAGCCGUUUUCAUGUUCAGAAUGUGAUAAAUGUUUCAAACAAAAGGCACAUCUCGUUGCACAUCUGACAAGUCACACAGGAGAAAGGCCGUAUUCAUGUUCACAAUGUGGGAAAUGUUAUAAAAAAAAAUCACAUCUUGUUACGCAUGCGAGAAUUCACACAGGAGAGAAACCGCAUUCAUGUUCAGAAUGUGGGAAAUGUUUUGUUGCUAAAUCAAAUCUUGUUAGACAUAAGAGAACUCACACAGGAGAGAAACCAUACUCCUGUUCAGAAUGUGGGAAAUGUUUUUUUGUUAAAGCAAGUCUUGUUGCACAUGUGAAAAGUCACACAAAAGAGAAGCCAUAUUCAUGUUCUGAAUUUGAAAAAUGUUUUGCACAGAAUUCAGUGCUUUUUACACAUCAGAGAAAUCACACAGAAGAGAAGCCAUAUUAAUGCUCAGAAUUUUGGAAAUGUUUUACAGAAAAAUAACAUUGUGUUAGGCAUGAGAUUCACAGAGAAGAGUAACCCUAUUCAUGUUUAGAAUGUGGGAAGUGCUUUACAGAUAAGUCUUGUUAAACUUGAGUAAAGUCACACAGGAGGGAAGCCAAAUUCAUGUUCAGAAUGUGGAAAAUCUGAUCUUGUUACAUAUGAGAGAUGUCACACAUGAAGGAAGUGGAGAUAAGUGAAUUUCUUGAAAUUUGUUUUACGUUCAAUUCAUAUGAAUUGGUCAGCAGAUUUGUUUUGGAUACCCAAAUCUAAAAUUGCUCUGACAAGUUGUAAAUUACAUUUUGGGUGUCUCUUAGGACUGUAUGCAACUACUUUUGAAGCUUUUUAAUGCCAAGACAACAUUAGUUAUCUUAAAUUGACAGUGACACAUAUAGCUAUGGGUAAACGGAUGGUAUCAGGUGGUAGUAGACAUCCUGUUAAAUAAAACAGCUUAGUUAUGCUUUUUAAAAUAAAUUGUCCAAAAAUGAUCCCUUUUGGGGUAAGGUGUCUGACAGCGUCUAUGCAUGCACAGUGGUGUUAAAAGAAGCAAUGGCUUGUUUUCAACAUGCGUUCUAAAAUUUCCCUUUUUUGGG